UGCUCUUGUCUUCACUUCGUGAUAUUGGAUUUUCCUCUCAUCUUACAAAGACAAAAGCAGAAACUGGGCUUAUCUCAUAAUCCACGAUUUAGAAAAUUCUAUCUGGAGGACUUUCUAAAGCCGUGUGAUGUGCUGAUAUUUCGGUGAACAGGUACAAUAUGAAUAUGGACCAGCUGCGAACCAUAUUGCUGUGUGUGACAUUGUCAUGCAGGCUACAAACAGCAUUGUCUCAAGCUCACGAAGAGAAGUGUCGUGGUACACAGAAUAGCCUGAGCUCCACCGGUACUCAAGAGAAUCAGUACAACAUAAGUAAGGAACUGUAUGCUGGCUGUGAGAUUAUCAUGGGAAACCUGGAGAUCACACAGAUUGAGAGCACCUGGGACUUAUCCUUUCUUAAGACAAUCCGAGAGGUGACUGGUUACGUCCUCAUUGCUGUGAACAAUUUUCAGGAGAUCCCCUUAGGACAGUUGCGGGUCAUCAGAGGGAACAGUCUGUAUGACAAACACUUUGCCCUCUCUAUUUUCCUCAACUAUCCCAAAGAUGGCUCCAAUGGGUUGUGGCAGCUGGGACUUGUAAAUCUAACGGAGAUUCUGGAGGGAGGAGUGCAGAUUAUCAAUAACAAAUACCUAGUUUAUGGACCCUGGGUCUUCUGGCAAGAUAUUGUACGAGAAGAUAAUGCUCCUAUUGACAUACAAUGCAAUGGAGAGAGAGGCCCCUGCCACAAAUCUUGUGGAGACUAUUGCUGGGGGCCAAAUGAGGACCAGUGUCAAAUCUUGACUAAGACGGUGUGUGCACCGCAGUGCAAUGGCCGCUGCUUUGGGACAAGCCCCAGGGACUGCUGUCACAUAGAGUGUGCAGCAGGAUGCAAAGGCCCUCUGGAUGUAGACUGUUUUGCAUGUCGUCAUUUCAACGACUCUGGAGCCUGUGUCCCCCAGUGUCCCCAGACUCUCAUAUAUAACAAGCAGACAUUUCAAAUGGAGACCAACCCAAAUGCCAAGUACCAAUAUGGAUCAAUCUGUGUUUCUCAGUGUCCUACUAAUUUUGUGGUGGAUGGCAGCUCUUGUGUGAGGGCUUGUCCUACAGACAAGAUGGAGGUGAAAAGAGAAGGCCGGAGACAAUGUGAGCCCUGCAGCGGACUCUGCCCAAAAGUGUGUGAAGGCACUGGUGCUGAGCACAGACAGACUGUGGACUCCAAUAACAUCGACAGCUUCAUCAACUGUACGAAGAUCCAGGGCAGCCUUCACUUCCUGGUCACAGGGAUUCAUGGAGAUGACUUUAACAACAUCCCACCUCUUGAUCCCAGAAAGUUGGAAGUCUUCCGCACUGUGAAGGAAAUAACAGAUUUUCUGAACAUCCAGUCAUGGCCUAAAGAACUGAAUGACUUGUCUGCAUUUUCAAGCCUUACUACAAUUCGAGGGAGGUCGCUAUACAAGCGCUUCUCUCUGACGGUGAUGCGCAUCCCCACUCUUACCUCACUGGGUCUGCGCUCUCUCAGGGAAAUCAGUGACGGCAGUGUAUACAUCAGUCAGAAUGCUAACCUCUGUUAUCAUCACACUGUAAACUGGACGCAGCUGUUCAGAGGCCGCAGAGUUCAAGACAACAAUUUCAACGACAACAGGCCACUGGCAGAAUGCGUUGCAGAAGGCCACGUGUGUGACCCACUGUGUUCAGACUCAGGCUGUUGGGGCCCAGGUCCUGACCAGUGUCUUUCCUGUAGGAACUACAGCCGAGAUGGCACAUGCAUAGGGAGCUGUAAAUUUCUCUCUGGAUCUCCAAGGGAAUUUGCAGGGUCUGAUGGUGAGUGUGUAGCCUGUCAUCCAGAAUGCAAGCCUCAGAGGGGAAAGGUCAGCUGUACUGGACCGGGUGCAGAUGAAUGCGUGGCUUGUGUCAACCUUCGAGAUGGUCCUUACUGUAUGUCCUUUUGUCCCACUGGUGUAAAUGAUGGACAGAGAGGGCUGAUUUUCAAAUAUCCCAACAAGGAGGGCCACUGUGAACCAUGCCAUCAAAACUGCACACAAGGAUGCCUUGGCCCAGAGUUAAAUGACUGUCUAGGGAAAGCUAUGCUGGCCGUUAGUAGUGGUCAGAUCACAGGUAUAGCUUUAGGGGUCCCAGCUGGCUUAAUUUUCUGCCUGGGGUUGUUUUUCCUGGGAGUGCUGUACCACAGAGGCCUUGCCAUCCGUCACAAGAGAGCCAUGAGGAGAUACCUGGAGAGCGGAGAGAGUUUUGAGCCCCUGGGUCCUGGAGAGAAAGGAACCAAAGUUCAUGCUCGUAUUCUGAGACCCUCGGAGUUGAAAAAAAUCAAAGUCCUCGGCGUUGGUGUUUUUGGCACAGUGCACAAGGGUUUUUGGACUCCAGAAGGAGAGACAGUGAAGAUACCUGUUGCCAUUAAAACUAUCCAGGACACCUCAGGCCGACAGACCUUCACUGAAAUCACUGAACACAUGCUGUCCAUGGGCAGCCUGGAUCACCCCUAUAUUGUUAGGCUGCUGGGCAUCUGUCCAGGUGUCAGUCUGCAGCUAGUGACACAGCUUAGUUCUCAUAGCUCCUUACUAGAGCACAUCAGGCAGAAUAAGAACAGCCUGGACCCCCAGCGCCUCCUCAACUGGUGUGUACAAAUUGCUAAGGGUAUGUUUUAUCUGGAGGAACACUGCAUGGUCCACAGAAAUCUAGCAGCCCGCAACAUUUUGCUGAAGAAUGACUAUCAGGUUCAGAUCUCUGAUUAUGGUGUGGCAGAUCUUCUUUAUCCUGAUGACAAGAAAUAUGUCUAUACAGACACAAAGACACCCAUAAAAUGGAUGGCACUUGAAAGCAUCUUGUUUCAAAGAUACACUCAUCAAAGUGAUGUUUGGAGCUAUGGGGUGACAGUGUGGGAGAUGAUGUCAUUUGGUGCAGAGCCGUAUGCGUUUGUCCAGCCUCAGAAAGUUCCGAGUCUGCUGGAGAAGGGUGAACGUCUGUCACAGCCCGACAUCUGCACUAUAGAUGUCUAUAUGGUCAUGGUUAAAUGCUGGAUGAUUGAUGAAAAUAUAAGGCCAACCUUCAAAGAACUGGCAAGUGACUUUACUCGGAUGGCGCGAGACCCACAGAGAUAUCUUGUCAUCAAGAUGAAAGGAGUAGACUCUGGACCAGGUGAAAUCAGUCGAAGAGAGUCGGAGCGAGGACUUUUAGAUGCAGAUUUAGAUGACCCAGAUGAGGAAGGACUAGAGGACGGUUUGGUUACACCUCCUCUUCAGCACUCUCCAUCUUGGAGUCUGUCUCGUUCACGGAUUAAUUCAUGCAGGAGUGGUGCAUCUCAGCCACCACCAAUUGGAUACCUGCCAAUGACCUCAAGUCCUGCAAACAGCCUCUGCCAGUUGUGGUUUCACAGAUCUCGUCUGAGUUCAGUGCGUACACUACCAGAGAGGUCAGAGACCAGAAGGAGUGGCAGAGAGGCAGAGCUGCAUGACGAAAGUUUACAAACUGGGAGCCUUCAUAGGGCCAAGUUUGGCUCAGAUAACAGUAACCCUCAUGUGCCUAUUAACCGACACAGGAAGCUUUCAACAGCUUCAAGUCCACCCUCUUACAAGGUGUGGACGGCAGAGGAGGAGGAGGAGGAGGUGGACCACUAUGGAUAUGUCCUGCCUGGGUCACCUGGUACAUCAGAAAGAAUCCCCAGAAUAUCUCGUUCUGGCCAAAGGAACUCAAGACUAAAGAAUAAUCUAGUCCACAUGGCGACAAAUCCCUCCCCACGGUACAAAACCAUGAGCACACAGAAUGUUGCUUCUCCAUGUUUGACCAGCAGCACCGCAUCGCAGGGAGAUAACACUAUAGUGGCACCUUGCCAUAAAGUUUCUCCUUUACCUUCUCCAGCCCUCAUAACUCUGCCACCCACACAGGACAAAGCACAUGAAGAAAUUCCAAUCACAGCUGUAAGGUGCAAUCAAGCACCUGAGGCUUGUGAAGGAGCUGUAACAGAUCAGCUCACCAGAGACUUUACCAGUGAGAUCAAAACUGUGGAUGACCAAGCAGAGGUUGGCCAAGGGAUUACCAAGUAUGAAUACAUGGACAUCAGGAGUUCUGACUCAGAAUGGGAGAGAAAUGGGAGUCAAACAUCUGAAAUAAAUGCAGUUGAGACAGAGGACACAGACCAAAUAGUUGGUGUUUUGAAAAAGGAGCACAAGGCAGAGGAGAAAACUAAAAUGUGCCACAACAUAAAUAAACAAGCCACUCUUCAGGGGGAUCUGCAAAGUACGGUCAUGCCAGAUGCACUGACACCUGGGGGAAGAAACAUGGAGGAGUAUGAAGAAAUGACUGGAUUUGGAGAGGUGCCUAAAGGGUGGGGACAAACAGAAUAUGAGAAUGUCCCAGUAAAGGGGAGGGCUGUUGCAGAGGAUAUGGGCAGUGGCAGGUGUGCAGGGCUCGGGGAAUACAUCAAGGUGUGUGCAGGCAUGGGGGAGCCUGACAGCAACACAUCAUUUGACAACCCAGACUACUGGCACAGCAGGCUGUUCCUCAAGCCAGAUGCUGUACGAACUUAAUAAUGUGGAUUGGGACAGUGACAGUUACUGAUGCAAGCUGCUGUGAUAAGUUUUAUAAUGCUUUCCUACUUUUUUUUAAUGGAUUCAUUGCUUUCAAAAGCCGUUGAAAAAAAAAAAUUUAAAAUAAAUACACAUUUGUUAUUGUUCAUAUUAUUUCACUGUUUUUGUGCAGUAAGUAAUGAUUUAUGGAUUCAAAAAUAUGAUAGCACACAACACUACAGUGAAGUUUGUGUACACAUUAUGUGACAUUUUCAUUUAAGGGCAUUUAAAGUUUGUUGUUUGCUGUAAUAGAAUAAGUUGACACAUUUUACAACUUUCUGUACUUUUUAUACUAACGUUCAUUACAUGAUUAUGUAUCAUAUUAUUUUGCAAAUAUCCAAUCAAUUUUAUUAUGUGUAAAGCAGUGUUUUUGUCUUGAA